CCCUCUUCUUCUUCCAUCUUACAACCCACUCCAUAUAUUCUGCUUUAAGCUUCUUGCUUCUUGUCCUGCUGAGACAUAAGUUUUGAUCAGAUAAGCUUUCCUUCCACCAGCCUACAUACAAACCAGCCUGCUCAUAGAACUGAACUGCCUGCUUGCCAUAAAAAAAUAAAUAAAAAGAAGCUUUGCUACUUCACAACAAGACAAUCUCCCCAACCAGGCCUCAAGAGCAUUUAAGGCUACUCCACGAAUCGGCUAUCCACAAACAUUUUGAAAGUGAACUCUGAAAGCACCGUCAGCAUCCACUAUCCACUGUACACUUCAGUACAGCAAUAAAAAACAUCCAAGUCGGAAACAUGGCCACCAUGCCAAACCUCGGCUUGUUCGCGCGCUUGCCCUACGAGCUGCGCGAGAAGAUCUGGGCUGAACUGGUCCCAACCCCUGCUCAAGACAUGAGCAACUCCAAUACCGAUCUCAGCAUCCUCCGUGCAAGCCACUUCUUGCACGACGAGAUCGAUGAGGUGAUCCACCGACGCGGUACGCUGGAGUUCGAUAUCGACCCAGUCUACCGCCCCACUGCCGAUCUCUGCACCGUCUCCUUCAGACGCAAACAUCGGCUCCUCGACCAUGGUGGAGCGGACUGCCCAAGCCCGCCUGUGUCUUGGACCCUGAAGAGCGUCGCCAGCGCCAAAACGCGCGGUUUCGGCAGCAUGGCAUUCCACAAGUUCGACCAAGUGAUCGUCAACAUCCCUUCGCCGGACCCGAACGACGUGGGCGAGCUCUUCUGCCUGUGGCAGAAAGUACGCAACCUCGUCAGCCUGUUCCGCGGCGGCACGCAGAUCAAGAGUCUGCUCAUCCGCCUGCUGGAGCGCGAGAGUGACGGCCAGAACUGGAUCGAUACGCUCGAUUGGCCGAGCACGGCUUACACUCCUGCGCCUGCCCGCUCCACCUGUCAACAUGACUAUGACGUCCCCAUCCUCCCCUUCUGCACGCUGCCCAACCUCAAGGCUCUGCGCGUCGAGACCUACUCUGAGGAAUUCACGGAGUUGAUGGACUGGUACGUCAUCGACGGGUUGAUCAAGCUGGUUCGCGAUAGCAACCGCGAGCGCGAGCGCGAGCGCGAGAGCGCCAACGCAGGCGGCAACGCCGAAGCCAAACCCAAAGCCAAGUCCCUCAAAGACAAAUUCAAAGUCAAAGGCAAAGGCAGAGCCAGCGACAAAUCAAGACUAUCCGCUCGCGCCGACCUGGAGCGCAGAAACGCGUUUGAAUAUUACUGGAUGCACUCGCUGCUCUGGACGUACGCGGACGGCAGCAGGACGGCAGACCUCAUGCGGCGCGAGACGCUGCGCGAAUGGGCCCGCGAUGGCUGCAAGUCCGUCUUCGAGAAGGAAAUCUGCCGCAUCAUCCAGGAGUACCCCGAGUUCCUGAACCGGCAGAGCUCGAACGUCCUGCGCGACAUGCACUAUGUGGGUGUCUGCUUGAACGCGGCGGCGAGGCGACGCCGGUUGGAAUAUGACGCUGUCUCCGCAUUUGCCUGUGCCCCUGCGCCUACCCCCGCCUCUACUCCUGCCUCUACCUCUGGCUCCAUCUCCGGCUUUACCGCUCGCUCUACCUCUGGCUCUCUCUCCGCCUCCACCUUUCCAUCGGAUGAGAACAAGCCCAUGACCGCCGCCGAGAUCGAAAAGCAAAGCGAAGAAGACUGGGACACACUCCUCCCCGCGGGGCUUCCGGUGCUCGAGACGGGUGAGUUCGGAAUGGCGGUCGGGCAUCUGAUCACGGACCCGGUGUAUUAUGACAGCGUCCGCGAGGACAGAGACAAAUACGAACCGUUUGACCGCCUAGUGCGGAAAUGGGGGCUGCGGUUCAGGCGCUCGCUGUGGUGGCAUUUGAAGAGGAGGAUUCACCAGAAGCUUGGGAUUCCGAUGAUGAUUGACGGGUACUAUCGUUGAAUUUUGCCUGUGGAUGAGUGAGAUUGUACUUUGUGAAAUCAUGUGUGAGAUGAGAUGAGUAUGAGAUCUGUGUUUGUAUGUUUGUAUGUUCGUCCUCAUGUAUGCAUGUAUGCCCAUCUGUGAUGCUAUGUUUAUGUUAUGUUGUUAGCCUGUUACUUACUUCCUCAUGGAAUUUCAUCAUCAUUGAUGUAUAACUAAGAAUUGUUUUUUUUUUUCUGAUCCACUUUCCAAUAAGAAAUCUGUGUUUCCUGUUUCAAACAAUUCCUUCUUCUCCAAUCAAUCAAUAA